UUCUUUGAACUGACGAUCGACCGCACUCGCUCCCCGCGUCCUCCAUUCCCCCUUCCUAUUAUUAGCUGGGAUCUUUUUAUUUGCGGUUCCACGAAUCCGAUGCGAGAUUAACUGAAUUCUCAUCGAUAUUUGGUUCCGAACCCACCGAUCUACCUGUCUAGAUUUGGCUUUUGUUCUUUCUUUCUUACUCUGCGAAGUUCCCCCGAUUCUGAAGAGUUCCCCCUCUCUUGCGAAGUUUUGGAGUUUGUAUCGUUCGUCGACCGACAAAUUGGGGCUUCUGAUGUGAAAAAGAUCACUUUUUUUGUUUUUGUUUUGGUUUAUCGGGACGAGCGAGAGGCAGAUUUUUGUCUCCAGAGAUGCUGGCGGAGAUGAUGAGCCGGAGGGACUUUCAACUCUUCGCGGAUGGCUUCUUGGACGGAAACGUACGCCGACCGACAGAGAUCGAAGGCAUUGCAACGAUCAACGUGACCUCGUCUUUGCCUUCUCCGUCGUCGCCGUCUUCCUCGCCUGGCUCCUCCGCUGGAUCCAGUCAUAUCCAUCAUCGCGUCUCCAAGAUGGACACUCUUGCUGGUGUUGCGAUAAAGUAUGGCGUCGAGGUGGCAGACAUCAAACGAUUAAAUGGAUUAGUGACGGAUCUUCAGAUGUUUGCUCACAAAUCCUUGCAAAUUCCUCUGCCCGGAAGGCAUCCUCCGUCGACUUAUCUAUGCGACGGUUCAGUAGAGAACGGAGAGCAUUCUCCGCCCUAUCAACCUCGUAAUGAUGUUUUGGAUUUGAUCGAGUCCCUCAACUGGAAACCUUCUGCAUGUAAAGUUUCUCCUGCAAUGAGCAAGUUACAGGGAUACUAUGGUCUCACCCCCAAUAAACGGAGGCCAGAGCUUGGAGGCGCGGAGAUGGCAGACUAUAAAGUAGGAAGACGCUGCUUGAAUGAUGAAUUAUCAUCUAAAGAAUCUCCCACUUCUGAUCCAUUUCCAAGGAGGCAUAGGAAGUCUAGAAGUAUGGCAAAUGGAUUCUCAACAGAAAAUGGAGACAUCACUGGGGAAAAUACAGUUUUAGAAGCUGCGGAUAAUAAUGAGACUGAGAGAUCUAUUAGGAGACGUCAAAAAACUGAUACCCCAGAAUUUUUGGAUAGCAAUGGUGGAUUCUCAGGUAGGGUAGGAAAAGGAAUAGCACCGAGGCCAAAACCAGGGAGCAGGACUGAUACCGAUACCAAACGCUUGAGUGCCAUCCUCAGUGGUGAUUCUGUCAAGACUGAAGGUCUUUUUUCUGUCAGGAAAUCCUCCAGCACCUCGUGUUUGCAAUCGCAGGACCCUGAUAAUAACUCUUCCCUCUGGCCUAGAAGCAAGUGGAUCUUGAAACCAGACGUCCUUGCUAGGCCAAUAUUUGAUGGCUUGCCCAAGUCCAUGACUGCAAAGAGGAAUAAAGCUGCUCUGGAUUAG